AUGUUUCUCGCACCGACCAAGGCGUUGGUGGUAGAGGCAACCUGGAACCAGGGUGUCGCGACCAGGUUGCGUCUCCUUCAGACCCUUCCCGUCACGGUUACGGGCAUUGAUGAUGUAAAACUUGCGCCACCCAACUGGGAGAACCUCACCGUAUCUGCCGCCAACCUGCUCGCCUACGACGACGGACAGCUCGACCAGUUUUUGACGGAACAUGGCUUCUCAAACCUGCCAAACCUGCCUGGUGUGCUGGAGCUAUCGACGUCGGAUCGACCCUGGUUGACCGGGAGAAUUUGCCAGAGACUAGACCAACACGGCGACAAAUCCGAUUCAGAAACGGUCGAUGCCAACGAGCUUGCUCAGCGCAUCACCGACCUGGCUCAAAAGCCAGCAGGGCUCCGCUCGAUGAAACCGGAUGAUCGCAGACUCAGUCGAUCGAAUAUGCCGACUACGAAGACUACGAAGACUUGUGCCGUCAGGGGCUCGUGCAAGAUGGCGGUCACCCCGCUUGCACACUGCAGGAGCUGCGGCACAUUUGCACUCAGCCCAAAAGCCCCCCAACGACGGCCCCUGCUAUAA